AUGUCGGACUUCCUUAACAACGGGCUAUUCCCGUCUAUUGAUGCCUCUACUCUCAAUGACGUGACCGCCGAGGAACGGUCCAGCGCCAUCGACUUCGUCAAUCGCAAUAACUUCGUGUUUGAAGAGUUCAACGUGGACAAAGUAAUGUCUACCUUUCUCCCAGAAGCUGCCGUGCACCACAUUGGCGGCACAUUCCGUGGUGAGGCUGAGAGAAGAAAGUUUCUCGAGACAUUCUAUGCAAAGAUCUUCAUUCCCGGUAUUAGUCGGAACGCAAUGAAUCACGUGGUAGACCGUGAUGGCGAUGGCGUCAUGGUCAGGUAUCAGAUGCACUUGGUCAGGUAUGCCUGGCCUAGUGAUAUUAGGGGUAUUGCCGCCGGCGAGGACCUUUUGAGCAAUGACGGGCUGCCGUCUACUUGGUACUUUGGAGCUGUCAUUGAUCGUCUGAGAAUGACAUCCGAGGGCUGGAAACUAUUUGAGCGAUACCUUGGUCCUGCGUUUAGGGAUAAAAGGCUCGAAAUUUCCAACGAUCCCAAGGCACUCAAGGAAUUACCCGUCUAG